AUGCUCGACCCCAUACCGCUAGAGUGGUGCAAGACUACCUUCAGAAUGUGCAAAUUAGUGCGAUGGAGAAAGCCAGCACGUAGCCCAGAUCUAAAUCCAAUAGAAAAUAUCUGGGACCAGAUUGGGAGAGCAAUUAGAAGUCAACGUGGCGAGCUGGUAACUUUGGAUCAUCUUCGACAGGCUGUACAGGCAGAAUGGAACAAUAUUGGUCAACAGAACAUACAGAACGUGAUUGACAGCAUGCCUAGGCGGCUGGAAGCUGUCAUCAGAUCUCGGGGAGGAAAAUACGAGGUUUUAGAUGAUGUUUCAUUAAAUGGUAUCGCAAAUCUUAUCAAAGAAGGGAAGUGCAAGAAUAUCAUUACAAUGGCUGGGGCAGGGAUAUCGACAUCUGCAGGAAUCCCAGACUUUAGGUCUCCGGGUUCUGGACUUUACCACAACCUGGGAGAAAUACAACUUACCAACCCACAGGCCAUAUUUGAGAUCGGAUACUUCCGCAACAAUCCGCAGCCGUUCUUCACUCUGGCGAAGGAGUUGUAUCCGGGAACCUUCAAGCCGACUAUCUGCCACUACUUUGUCAAACUGCUCCUUCAGAAAGGAGUUCUCCUCAGGCAUUAUACUCAGAACAUUGAUACCUUGGAGCGGGUAGCUGGUCUGCCUGGUGACAAGAUCAUUGAGGCACACGGAACUUUCUUCACAUCUCACUGUUUGGAGUGUCAGAAGGAGUACUCUGUGGACUGGAUGAAAGAGAAAAUCUUCCAAGACAGUGUUCCCACCUGUGUUCUGUGCAAUGGUGUGGUCAAGCCUGACAUAGUAUUCUUCGGGGAGUGUCUCCCACAGGAAUACUACACAAAGAGCGUUUCUGACUUCCCCAAGGCAGAUCUGCUCAUUGUGAUGGGCUCUUCACUGGCUGUGCAACCGUUUGCCUCUCUCAUCGACAAUGUUGGCAACCAUUGUCCCCGGCUGCUGAUCAACAGAGAGAAGGCCGGGCACCGAGACAGGCUGAUGCGGAUGCUGGGGAUGGGUGGUGGCUUGGACUUCGACUCCGAUACCAACUCCAGAGAUGUCUUAUGGCUGGGAGACUGUGAUGUCGGAUGUCAACUUCUGGCGGACGAGAUCGGAUGGGGGGAGGAAUUAAGAGCAAUGGUGAAAGAGGAACACAAGAAAAUUGACGAAGAAAAGGGCAAAAGAGAAAAAAAAAAUGAAAGCGCAAAGAAACAGGAAGAAUCUCAGGAAACUUCAAAUAAGGAAAAUACUGAAUCUCCUUCCAAAAGUUGAGAAGUUUAUAUGUUAGUUUAAUUUUAUUUUUGUCUUGACUCUUCCAUGUUAAUCUAUAUACAUUUAAAUUUGUAUUAAUUUUGCCUUGCGCUGUGAUUUAUUGUAAAAUUAAAGGUAUAAUUUUGUUAUCUGUUUA